UGUCGUCCGGUCAGAAAGUUGGACGCCUUCAACUUUUUGACAUUACACAAAGGAAGAAAGAUGUGAACCCUAUGACUCCUGAAGCUGCAGAAAUUCUGGAUAAACUAAAGGAUAAAAAAGCGGAGUACGAAGCGAUUGCUUCCAGUGAUAGUUCUGUUCAUAUUGAAGACAUUGAUAACCGUAUUAUCACUGAUGUUUUGGGUCCUGAAAGGUACGGUCGGGUUCAAUUUCAAGGAUAUUUUGUUAGCCCAACCCAAUAUUUUGGAUCCAGCUCGCAACAAUACAUGCCUUCGGGGAGUCAGGCUCAAGCUGAAGUCCAGAGGUUAAGAGACCAGAUGGCUCAGAUGCAAGCGACAACAGUUGAGCAAAUUACACAACUUAAAGCGGAGGCAGCAGCGAGAGAAGUUGAGGUUCAACGGAAGUACGAAGAGCUCCAGAUACAGCUAAAAACAGAAGCGGCAGAGAGGGAAGCAGAGCAGACUAGAAAGUACGAUGAACUCCAGCAGCAGCUUCAGAAUAUGAUGAAGAUGUUUCAACAGUCGCAACCACCGUCGUCUUAGACUAUC